AUGGCAUCGCUUUCAUAUCCUCGCCCGCAGGCCUUGCCUGGACGCUGUUGUCCACAGCCUCUUAGAUCUUUAAUCCCGCUAGAACUUCCAUGCACGGCUGUGCUUCCCCCUCUACCAUCACUACAGCGUCAUUUCUUGGAUACUUCCUAUACCCUCACAACGCAUCUUAUCCCUGCAGCCGUUCCGCGCACAACACCCGAUGCACCAUUGCCCGACCUGCCUGCCUGGUCUGCGGAUAAAGAGCAGUGGAAAGCGUCAGUGUCAAAGACAUCCGAGUUCAUCAAGGAGAUGAGGUAUGAGCAGUGGGCAGGCCGUUUGAAGGGUCCUGGUAGCCGGAAUCAACUUUGGGCGUGUGUGAACCGGUACUUGAGGAGUGAUUUACAGGAGGGGCAGCUGAGCAACGGUGUGACUCUAUUUUUCGCGCACGCCAAUGGGUUCCCAAAGGAGAUAUGGGAGCCAACACUUAGCAAUCUGAUUGCCGCACGACAGAAGACUGGCGCAAGCUACACCAUAGACGAGAUAUGGAUCUGGGAGGCCGUCAAUCAUGGUGACGCUUGUCUUGUAAACGGGGACAAUCUUGGUGGCAUGUGCUUUGGAACAGACGACUGGCAGGAUAAUGCUCGCGACGUCAUUCAAUUUCUGUAUUACUAUUUACCCCCGCAUUCUUCCGCGCGUGAACUUCCUACGCAUUUGCCUCGCCAAUCCGAGGCUACAUGUCGCCAUCGUGAAUUAUAUGGACUUCGAGACCGGCCGCUGGUUGGCAUCGGUCAUUCCCUUGGAGGCUGCACAAUAGCACGCGCUGCGGUCGCAAUCCCUAAGCUGUUUGCUUCGCUCGUCCUCGUAGACCCCAUCAUCCGUCCGCAUCCACAACAGGGUCCUCUAAUACCGGCGCACACGAUGAAACUCAUUAGCGGGGCUGUGCAACGACAGAGCCACUGGCUUUCUCGGGAAGAUGCCCGUGAAAAAUUUAUCGCAUCCCCAUUUUUCUCUGCAUGGGAUUCUGCGGUGUUGAACCUGUAUCUUGAGUGCGGCCUAUGUGACGAUGGCAGCGGUGGCGUGCAGCUCAAGAUGCCGGGCGUACAUGAAGCACUUGUUUUCUCUGAGACAAUGACGACGUUCGAAACAUGGGACUUGAUUGACACCCUCGACCCACACGUCGAAAUCCGAUGGAUUAUCCCUGAAAACUCGCAAGGGGAGUCCAGAAUCCACGAGCAGAUGGUGUGGAGGAGGCCGGAGAAUUCAUCAAACACGAUCAUUCCCUCCGCAGGACAUCUGAUCGCGCAAGAGAAGCCAGCGGAGCUGGGCAAGUGUUCUUAA